AUGAAAAAUACUCCGGGAGAACUACACGGAACACAUUUCGUGGCGGGGAACACGUGUCGAUUUACAGCGCCUCCCUUUAUUUUGUUUUUUCAUUUUUUUUUCGUUUUCAGCCGGAAAACCUUGAAAUCCCUGGUUUCUGGGGGAUUUUCGCUGAAAUUAUUGCUGAAAAUUGAAUUUACAACAAAUUUCUAUAAGUUACAUAUGAAAUUUGCAGGAAAAUUGAUGGUUUCUGGGAUGAAAAUGAUAUUUUCGGGAUUUUCAACAUUUUGGCUGGAAAAUUGAGCCUGGUGAGUUUUUUGCGGGUGGGAUUUUGAAAAAUUCAAAAAAAUUUUAUAUGAAAAAAAAAGUGAAUUCAAUUAUUCCCUACUCUCUCUCUUCUGAUACUUGGUAGAAUAUUUAGAUUCCGAAGAUCUUGAGUUCGAGUUCCUGCAACUUGCACAGAAAUCAUCGCUAUUAUCGAAAAUCUCAUCGGUACCAUGCGCUCCACCGAAAUAAACACGCAACGCAGACCGCGCCGCGCCACAACACACACAAAUAAGGGAACGAUUCAAAUUCCCUCCCUUUUUUGUGUGUGUUGUGGUGCGACGCGGUCUGCGUUGCGUGUUUAUUUCGGUGGAGCGCGUGGUACCGAUGAGAUUUUCGAUAAUACCAAUACCAAAAAUACAAGGAUUAGAAUUGAGAAUCUCAUAUUUUUCUUGGGGAAUCUUGAGGAUUCUAGUCACUUUUAUACUAACUUAACUUAACUUAGCCUAACUUGUAAAUACUUUGCAAGAUUAACAAUAAACAAAAAUGUUGGUAAAUAAAUAGACAAAUUUCAAGUUUAGGAAUCCUAAAAUUAAUUAAUUUUUUUUGUUUAAUUCUUGAAGAAGCCUGGAAUCUGAAAAUUCUAGAUCUAGUAGCUUCAGAUUUUCAGAUAAUUUCAGAUUCUGAAGCCUGAAGUCUUAAAAUUAGCACUCAAUUCUUCCUUUGUUUAUUUAUUUACCAACAUUUUGUCCCUCAAAAAUAUUUUGUUAAUCUUAGAAGGUAUUUCCGCAAAGUAGUUACUAUAAAAGUGUUAAGAAUUUUGCUCAGAACUCAAAAAUGACAAGAUUCUCUACACUAACUCUCAUAUUCUUGGCUCUGGUGGCCGUGAUUUCUGCGCAAUAUGGUUCAAGCAACAAUUUUGCGACUCAACAACAACAAAUUCAAAUUCGUAGACCUGGAAGAGGUUCCUAUGGCCGGAAAUAA